AUGGAUUUGCUCACGAAGAACAGAGGGAUCCAGCUGGACUUCACCGUCACCGGGAAUCUGAUGGAAUGCUUGACGGACGCUGGAGUAAAAGGAACGAAUGAGCUGCACGAUGAGAGGGUCGGCGACGAGAAUAUGUUUCCGUACACCUUCAGUCUGCAGGAAGGACGUCUUGUCGAUUUGCUAGAUAAAGGACCUAAGACAGGUGCUCCCAUUGGGUGUUCGGUAGAAUGUAAGAGUGAAGGAGCAAAAGGCCGUUAUGGACAAUGCCUGCUAUCGACCGAGUUCGCUGUUGCUUUUGGACGAAGGGGAGACAAGAUGCUCUACAACAUGCACAUCCUUGGUGAGCCGAGAAUCUGGUACUGCGCUUCUGCAACAAAAAUGCCCGAAAGCACCGCGUCUAUCACAGUCAACUUCGAUCAAAAGUUCAAAGGAUGGCAGGUUCCGUCUAAGCACGGUUGCGGAAGCCAGAGCGCAUUGGACUACGACAGGAUAGCUCAAUCUAACAUCUACUGCACCAAUCCUGAUGUUCUUCGCAAGGCUGAGGAGUGGGAGAUCAAGGACGAGGCGCAUAAGGACGAGUUCAAAUAUCUCUUCACGCUGAACGUUCUGCCACUGAAGGUUGUGCCCGCCCAUAGUGUCAAGAUGCAAGCGCUCGACCCCGGCAAAAGGAUUGAUGGGAACAAAUUUCCAAAGUGCGAGCUGUCCCUCAGACUGAGUGGUAACUGGUUCAAAUUGCUUGGUGGUAGUGCUCCUCCUGGUUCAAAGCCGACAUCUGAUCCCGCUGGAAGCACUGGUCCUGAUGAAAGCACUGCUCCUGUUGAAACUACAACUACUGCACCACCAUCUGAAGCUUCCGGCAGUAACUUGGGUCUCAUCAUUGGCAUCGUCAUCGCCGUUGUAGUCCUGUGA